GUGAGUGUGUGCUAUGCCUGCAGUUUGCCAGACAUCAGCAGCAGGUUGAGAACAAACACGCAGAGAAGGGAAGAGAGAGAAGGAGAGAAAGAGAAAGACAACACACAAUACGACUAACAGAACUUUAUGCAAACCUCCUUCUAUCUACAAGUCAGUGGAGUGAUGCUGCCAGCUGCCAGGUCACUGCUGUUAUGUGCUUUGUGUCAUGGGGUGGCUGUGUGGGCUUUUGCACGCAUGCCCGAUGCGGUGGAGCUGCGAUCAGCAUUUUCUGUUGCUCGCACUACUAGUAUGGAGGGUGGGCCAAAGAUGGUUAUCACCUUUGACAAGAUCUAUGUAAAUAUCGGUGGUGACUUUGAACCAAAAACAGGCUUAUUUCGCUGCCGGAUCCCUGGAGCAUACUACUUCUCCUUCACUGUGGGGAAGUUCCCACACCGGGACCUGUCUGUGAUGCUGAUGAAGAACCGGAAUGAGGUACAGGCAAUCAUAUAUGAUGACAACGGGGGUGAGGAACGCAAGGUCCAGAGUCAAAGUGCCAUGCUGCAACUCGACUUUGGUGACACUGUCUGGCUACGUCUCCAUGGUGACCCACGUUAUGCAAUCUAUAGCAACACAGGGCACUACACAACAUUCAGUGGAUACCUGAUUUACCCAGAUAUAUAUACAUUCCAAGAACACAAAGAACAGACCAGUGAUGACCAAGCAACAAUAUUCAGCCACCAUACACCACAGCAAGUGGACACAGAGGGGACUGUGAGUGAAGAAAAGAAAGAAGACGAGAUCAAUGAAGAGAGAAGGGAUGUUGAGGAGGAGGAGGAUCAGAGGUCUGCUUUCUCUGUUGGUCGCACCCAGAGCAUUCUUGGCAUAGAUAAAGGCUAUCCUGAGCACAAGCCAAUAGCAUUCGACACUGAAUUUGUCAACAUUGGCAAUGACUUUAACAUGAGUUCAGGUGUAUUCAUAUGCCGUGUACCUGGAGCCUACUACUUUUCAUUUAAUGCUGGUAAGCUGCCGCACAAGACCCUUUCUGUGAAGCUGAUGAAGAAUCACUUGGAGGUCCAGGCUAUGAUAUAUGAUGACAGUGAUACUGAAAAGGCUUUACAGAGUCAAAGCCUGAUGCUGCAACUGCAAAAGGGAGAUACAGUGUGGCUCUAUAGUCACCAAAGGGAAGGAUUCGGUGCAUACAGUAAUCACGCAAAGUACAUCACCUUCACUGGAUUUCUGGUGUACCCAGAAGUCCCCCACAGCCACCUUCAGCAACGAAAGCAGGGAAGGGGGGCUUAAGUAGAACCAAGGCACAGAUCUCUGUCUCUAUCUGUGAUCAGAGGUCAGACUGACAACGGGUUUGUCUGCAUGUGGACUGCAUCCAAAUAAAUUAUUUCACUCUGUCGGCUCUUGUGAACUCAUGCAGGGAAACCUGAAGUUGUGAUCUUUUGGUCCUGUUUUGUUCUCUUUGGACUGUGAAUGUUUGCAGUUUCUCCUGCUUUGUCAUUUUUGUGGAGAAACUAUGUUAUAAGCACAAAAGCUUAAUUUAAACUAUUACAAAAUAAGUACUAUAUAAAUUGUGGGCAAAAAGUUGUUACAUGUAGUGUCACCAAUCCCCAAAGAGAUCUAUGCACUGAAAAUGCCUUGAUUUUUCAGUAAUGUCUGCUGAGCAAAAAUUUUUAAAACUAGUGGCACUUCAUUCAGUGUUCAUAGCUGAUAGCAAAACAUCAAAACAAGUAACACAUGACCAGUGUAGAGCCCUGGGGCUGUGUUCACAAUAAGCUAAAAGAAGCUUACAAUAGAUAUAAAGCAGGUUAAAAGUGACCAAUUUUUUUUUUUAUAAUUGAUGAUUUUGCUCCUAAUUUUAAAACUCCCGUUUUACACUAAAAUUAAUUCACAAAUGUAGUUCUUACUGAUAAGAGUUUCUGUAGCAGAAGCUAUCCAGAGGUUUUACCUAAAUUCUCUUUCCCCUGAACACACUACACUCCAUUAAGUUGUUUGUUCAAUCAAUCAAUCAAUCAACUAAUAGUACCUGUUUUAUCCAGGUCUUAGUGAAUCCUCAGCCUAUCCUCAGCCUCAGCAUAGCCAAUCUGCAUGUGGUUGGUAGAAUUUACAGAAUCUUCACCUUGCAUCCAAACUCAUUAAUCUAAAAUCAGGAUCAAACCAGGGACACUGGAAAGGUGAUUGUUACAAUGCUACCUGCUGCACCACCACACGUUUUGGUUGUUUUUGUUUGGUUUGUUUGUUAAUUGUUGAUGCAAUAAGCAAUUCGAAUUGCAUUUCAUUUCUUGGUUCUUCAUGCAGCCCUCUGCUGUAUAUCCUAUAGUAACAAGGUCACUCCCACUUUUACAGCUUGAUUCCAUAUUUAACUCAGAUUUUCUUGAAUAUUUAAAAAAAAAAAAAUUUUGUGAACACAGCCUCUUAUCCAAUUAAGAUUGUUAGUAAAAAUAGUGAUCAACAAUGCAAAAGUAUGAGAAAAGUGGGAAAAUUGCAUGUAACUUUAGUUCACUCAUGAAAAAUAUUGUUCACAGUCCUUGUUUUGCAUGUGGAAUAUUUACUUCUAUGACACACUUCUUUGGAGUCUUGCUGGUGUUUCCCUUGCACAUAGUGUGUACACAUUUUUAAGCAACUUAGGUGUUAUUGCUGGGAUCACCACCUCGCUGUGAACAUUGUAUACAUUUUGCUAGUAAUAAUCUGCCCAACAAUACAUUCCUUAUCACUAUUGAAAAUGAAGUUCUUUUGAAACCAUAUUUCACAAGUUUUGCUUGACUUACUAGUGCAUGCUAUUGAGAACUUGUUAAAAUAAUUAAAAAAGCACACACGCCACAUGUGCACAAUUCCACACCGGGCAUCUACUUAACUUGUCUGAUUUCUUUCUAUUUAUAUUCUCGUAAAUGUUCACAGUUUUAUUUCUGUGUGUGGUGUCAUAGUGAUUCACACUGUAAUAUGCGAUCAUUAAUGAAAAUGUUGUGAUAUAUUGAGAUUUACCCUAAAUCUAGAGUCUUUGACUAGCAAUUUUUGUUUGUGUGGUCUGAGCUGAGGCUCAGGAAGAUGUAUCUUUUCCAGUGUUCUGUGGAUGUUUUUGUGAUCUACACCAAAGUGAAUAAAAACUGCCUGUAAACAA